CGGUGUCUUACUGCAUGGGGCAAUUGAAGUUGGUCACGCGGUACAAUACAACGGCCAUGGUUCCCCAAAAAAGUUGGUUUCGGUAUCCGUAUCAUUCGCAUAUUCUACACUUGCCCUUCUCAACUUCUGCCUUCAAUCAUUCUCCGUAGACCUUCCGAAGCAUGCGCUCCUUAAAGAACCUCUUUCUGGUAUCCCUCCUCCCUAGACUCUCAGCACAGGUCGAUUCCCUCCCCCAGGUAUCACCACAACCUUCUCCCUUCGACCAGCGGCACCCCCAACAACACCGUAUCAGUCAUGAUGGCCAUCCCCAGCCUAGGCCAGGCGGGGUAUCAACCCGUUUGUUCGCGACGCUCGAACGCACCGCCCGCCUCGUCGACAUAACAUACUGCAUCGGCACGACAGGCAUCUCGCCGCCCUUUUCAUGCGUGUCCCGCUGUAAGGACUUCCCAGCCCUGCGCCUCGUCCGUACCUGGAACACGGGCGUCCUGCUGAGCGACAGCUGCGGGUACAUCGCCAUUGACUCGGGGACGGGAACGGGGGACACGGACAACGUCGACGACGACGACGACGAUGGAGGAGUAAACAACAGUGACAACGACCAUGGGCUUCCUGGGGAGGAAGGGCAGAGGGAGAUCGUGGUGGCGUUCCGCGGCACAUACAGCAUCACCAACACGAUCGUCGACCUGAGCACCGUGCCGCAGGAGUACGUCCCUUACCCUGCUCCACCCGAAGACGGAGGAGGAGGUGGUGGCGGAAAGUGCGAGAACUGCACGGUGCACAUGGGCUUCAUGGCGUCGUGGAAGAACGCGAGGGAGGUGGUCCUCCCCGCUCUCCACGCCGCGAGGGAGAAGUACCCGGACUACCGGGUGCACUUGGUCGGACACAGUCUUGGAGGGGCGGUGGCUGCGCUGGCUGCACUGGAGAUGAGGAUGGGGUUGGGCUGGAGGGAUGUGGCGGUUACGACAUUCGGCGAGCCGAAGGUAGGGAAUGACAAGUUGGCCGAGUACAUUGAUCGGGCAUUCGGGCUGGCGGGUAGCGACGGUGAGGAUGUACCUUAUCGCCGGGUUACGCAUGUCGGGGACCCGGUGCCGCUGCUGCCCUUGAGCGAAUGGGGAUAUGCCUCACAUGCCGGCGAGAUUCACAUCGGGAAGUCGGACCUGCCGCCCCGACCGGAGGAUUUGAGGUUGUGCCGCGGGGACAAUGACCCGGAGUGCAUGGGAGGAGCCGAGACGUCAGAUUGGCUGAGCCGGGUGCUGGGUGUGCUUGGGCGGUUGAAGAUCCAGGAAGAGGUUGAAACAUCCGUCUCGAGGCGCGGGUGGUUUCCUGCCAGGCUUAGAGUAUGGCAACUGCUGUUUGCACAUCGGGACUACUUUUGGAGACUGGGACUCUGCCUUCCCGGAGGUGACCCAGCAGACUGGGGAAGGGAGAAGCAUAAUCUGACAUCCGGAGAGAACUCCGGCGUUCCCGAGAUACGGGAUCUAUGAGGGUUCUCUUGGCACUUUGACAUUCUUGGAGGUAGUCAAUCACUGUAUGUGCAGUACUAGUAUGAUAUAUGGCGGCAUAGCAGCAUACCUGGCGUCGGCGUUUGGGCAUCGGGAUCUUGGGUCGUUGUAGCGAUUUUUACGGACCAGGUUGCAUCAAUGAUCAAUCAGGGCUCGGCAAACACAUCUUAGUUACAUAGGUAUAUG